CAGGAACAUCAACAAAUUGGACGUCAUGGGCCUUGUCCAUUAAGGCCCUUUUAGGCGUAUCAUUGUCACUGAAACUACUACUCAUCCAGUAGCUCAGAACCAUCCCUCUCCACGUCGCUGAUGCGCUUCUUACUGCUCCAGACUGAGGCCGAGUACUCACUUAUACGCUGUCAAUCUACCUGCCUACGGUACCUUACCUUGCCUUAUUCACAAAAGACCGCGUCCUCUGCCUCGAAUCACCGUCGCUCCCCUUGUUCCAUGGCUGGUCAGCCGAUGCGAGCGUCAUUCCUCUGCAAAUCGCAUCUCUCUCGCCUAUGUACCCGGAAAGGCACAUGCCUCACUCCGAGUUCAACAGGUCUUCGUCUUCGUCCUCGUCCUCGUCCUUGUGAAAGAUCCUUCGAUUUCUGCAACGCACCUGCCCUCGUGGCCGUGUGGUACCUCUCUCCACCUUGAAAUUCUCACAAAAGAAAGUCCUCUCCUGCCAGACUCCUUUGGCAACUAUCGUCCUCCCUCUCUCUCUCUCUCUCUUUUUCUAUAUUUUCUGUCAUUGCUGAGCUUCCUCCUGUUACAAGAGUGCACGCCAAUUCAACAUGAACAACGAUCUGUAUAUCCUUCCUAAUGCAACCGAGCCUCAGGUCCUCCACUCCUCUCUGCCUCUGCAUCCCAUUCUGGUCGUUGCUGCCCUCGCCAUCUCGUUGGUGAGCUUUGCACUGUGGUGUGUCCAAGAUUAUCGCUUGUACAAGUCACUGGGACCAGGAGGGCCACCAUACAAUGUGUACGGCUGGGUCCUGACCUCCUUCAUCGUUCGUCCUUAUACACUCUCAGCACAUGACACGACAUGGACAGGUGACUAUCCUGAGAAUGCUGCCCACAAAGAGAUUCUGGCACUUCCAAAUCGAAAAGGAUCUCGCCCACUGAUCCUGGGCAUUGCUCCUCAACGACAAUUCAGCCAGAACCCGGGACCGUCGAUGAAUGCGCGUGUGACAUCUCUUUUUACCUCACUUGUUUUGAGAAAUCCUAGGUCACUGCAGCAAAACCUUUCCAGCCUUGAAAAGCACAACAUUGCUCUUUUUGUACAUCCAAGUCUCCUAGCCAAACCUCAAAACCUUCCCGAGGUUGCCACCGUCUCCCGAGGAGAACUUGGUCAUAUCCACGGCGACGCAUCCAUGCAUCUGUAUUUCUCACCUGCAGAUGCCAAAGAGAUCAUUGAGAAGGGCUGGGCCGAACGACACCGUUGUGCAAGAACAGCUCCAUGGUGGUUAGGUGGCAGGAAAUACAGUUGGAAGAUCGGAGACACGUUUCUGAUAGUGUAUGCUCCAAGAAAUGAGGAAGAGUUGGAAAUUCUGCAGACUUUGCUCAGAGCCAGUGCUAGAUUUAUGACCGGAGAAGAGACGGUGGUGGCGCCAUUGAAGGAUGACCAAGAGAUGGAGCAUGAACAUGAUCAUUGCCGAAGGAAAAGUGCUCCCGCAGCCUGACGAUGCUCUUUCUGGACGCCAUGAUAUCUGUCAGACUGGCAAGUCAACAAUGUCGAUUCACGAUGGCAUUCUCAAAGCAUAUGGCUCCUGGAGUGUUGGGGAUGUCAUUGUUAUCAUGGACCGUGGUAUGGGAAGAGAGAUGGAAAUCAACUUGUCAACUACAACGACCAUCAUGUUUUAGAACGUUCACUGUGCGGAGUCCGGACGGAUUGAACACUCAUGAAGAAUUCUAGGAGAUGAAAGAAAAUAGCAAUCAAUCGUCUGGUUAAAAGCUCGCACUGGACGAAAUAUGUACCUAUAUGUAAUCUGUGCUCCGUACUAGGCUUGCUCUCGUACUAACGAGCGCAGCCGAGAAUAAGCGCAAAAUACUGACCCGUCAAUGCCGCCGAUCGGGC